UCAAAAAAGUUUCUUAUUCGCUAUUUACGAAACAGACAUGAGUAAUUGUUUUUAAGAAUAUAGUUUUCGUGUAGAAGUAGAAGUGUUAUUAAAAAUGCCAUUCAACUUUUUAUGUUGUGUGAGGCCCGGAGUUGAAGAUGUCGUGGAGUUGGAUUACUCUCAUCAAUCCUUAACAGAUGUUCCCAACGACGUGUUUGUAUAUGAGAGGACAUUAGAAACUUUGCUCUGCCAAAGUAAUCGUAUCACAGAGUUACCGCGCCAGCUUUUUAUGUGCCAUGGUUUAAAGUAUUUAGACCUUAGUGAUAAUGAGUUACAAGUGAUUCCUACAGCAAUAUCUUCUUUGGUGAAUUUACAGCAUUUAAACAUCAGUAGAAAUACCUUGGCCUCAAUACCUGAUAACAUGAAAGCAUUGAAAUAUCUUAUGUUCCUCGACCUCAGUGUCAACCCUCUGGAAAAACUUCCUGAUGCCAUAACAAACCUCAUAGCGUUAAAAGAACUGUACCUUAAUGAUACAUAUCUCGAAUAUCUUCCUGGAAAUUUUGGAAGAUUAGCAAACCUUAAUAUAUUGGAGUUGAGAGACAAUUAUCUUAUGAUUUUGCCUAAAUCUCUGUCACGUUCUACUGAACUCUUGCGAUUGGAUAUAGGACAAAAUGAGUUUCAGCAAUUCCCUGAGGUUAUUGGAAGAUUUAUCAAGUUAAGAGAGCUGUGGAUUGAUAGUAACAGCUUCACAACAAUACCAUCCAUAAUUAAGCCAUUGGAAAAUUUGAUUCACUUAGAAGCUAGCAAUAAUAUGAUUGAAGAACUUGCACCAGAAAUUGGUAACUGUGUACAGUUAUUAGAUCUAAGUUUAUCUAUCAACAGUUUGACACAGUUGCCUGACACCAUUGGGCAGCUAAGUAAUCUGACAUCUUUGAAACUUGACAACAAUAGGUUGUAUUGUUUACCAGAUAGUAUAGGUCAGUUAAAGAACCUAGAGGAAUUAAUGCUCAUGUGUAAUUACUUAGAUAAAAUACCAUCAUCAAUUGGACUUUUAAGAAAACUGCAAUAUUUAAAUGUUGAUGAUAAUAUGUUGAAAGCGAUCCCUCCAGAAAUUGGGAGUUGUACAAAGCUGUCUGUGUUAUCUUUACGAGCAAAUAAAUUAUCAAAAAUCCCUCCAGAAAUUGGGCAUUUGUCCUCUCUAAGAGUAUUAAAUUUAGUGAGAAAUUCUCUAAGCUGUCUUCCCCAGUCCUUAUUAAAUUGUGAUAAUUUAGUGGCUCUUUGGCUCUCUGAAAAUCAAAGCAAACCUUUAGUGCCUAUGCAUUCUGAAGUUGAUCCUCAUACAUAUGAACAAGUCCUAACUUGUUUCCUAUUCCCACAAGUGCCUUUAACACCCAUUGAAUUAAAGAAUGAUCAUGAAAAACCUGAAAACACAGAGACACAAUCAACUGUAAGACAUAUUAGUUUUGUGGAUAUGAAGGCUACAGCUAAGGCUCCAGAGAAACCUGGACAGCUGCGAAGGGCACCUACUCCUUAUCCUAAAGAAUUGCGUGCAAUGGCUAAACAUGCAAGAAAUAUACAUAAAGAUGGAACUCAAGAUAUAACACCUCCAAUGCAAAAUGCUGUUCAUAUAAAAGCGGCAAAGAUAACUCCAACUUUACAACAAAGAUUUGCAUCAGACAACAAAAAGGAGAGCAAUAAUAUCUCAACUAUGGAAAAUGGUGGAAACAUUAAGGAAACUUUUAAAACAGCAUCAAUAUAUGAUAACCUACCUCCUGAAAAUGCUUAUGACAGACCAUUAGAUUUGACAUAUGAACAAGAUAAAACAUAUAAAAGUGUUGAUCAUGCACUAUAUGUUGAUAACAAUAGUACCACAAAUAUUGAAUAUGAAGCUGAAAAUGGAGAACCAUACACACAAAGACAUUACAGUAACAAACAUGAUAAAUAUCAACAACAAGAAAUUGAAAAACCAAACAAUUGUAAGCAAUCCAAUUCGUAUGCAGAUCACUUAGAAUUAAAAAGUUAUCAUCAAGCAAAUGAUUUAAGUUACAGGAAUAACAUUGAUGAAACUCAAAAUCAUUUUCAAAGGCUAAGUCUUAGUUCUCAAGACAGACAUUCAAAUGAGGAAACUAUUUUGGCACCACAUUAUAAUGAAACUCCUUAUAAUGCACGAGUUGAGAAUGUACCUACUUUUGAUCCUUCAUAUCAUAGACAAGAACAUGUUAUGUGCCACAAUAUACCAGCAAGCAAUUAUCAUGACAAUAUCUAUGAACAUGAUGCUUAUUCUUGUAGCAAGGAGAAGAUAUAUGGUCAACGAAACUACAAUGCCUAUGGUUAUCAUAGCCAUGGAGGCCAUGACUUACCUCCUGGCCCCAGGGUACAUACAGUAAGUCAAGUAGUCAGUUCAACAACAAUGCCAAAUUUGAGUAACUAUAACAAUGUGUAUGUGCAACCAACAGCUGAAAAUCAUCAUUUCUCUGGACCGUUACAUCAAUCAACAACUCCAAAUGCUAAUGUAUAUGGAAUGGCAUCAAGUCCUACUUAUAUUCCAUCUCAAUCGCCUGAAUUGUAUUCGCCUACUGGCCACACAAAUGCAACAAACCCAUACAGAAUGACAAAUACUCCAUUAGUAACGGAUGAUGGUAGCUUCAGUCACGUCCAAUCUCCAACGAGUCAGAAUGCAUAUGAAUUAUAUGAUGCAGGACCAGCCACUCAUUCUCCGAAUGUUGUGAGCCAUCGUCAUAGCCCAAGUGGAGCAUCUGAGAGUAUGUAUAUGAGGGGACAACCUCCUCCGUAUCACAUUGCUGCACCUUACACUAAACAUGCUCAGUACUUUAACGGAACGGGUGGAUAGUGAUGUCUGCAUUUUGCAGAGAACUGCAAACACUGUAUGUGUGAACAAUGUUUAUGUAAAUAUUGUCUGUGUGAAUUAAACUAUUACCAUCACUAACUAUUUAUUUAUCUAUUAAAUAGUUCUUGUUUUAUAUGUUUAUAACUGUAACUAUUUUCUGGAUGUGCAAUUUAAAUGUGAUAUGUAUUAUGUAAUAAUGUUGAAAUAAUGUAUAUUUAAGGUGCUAAGAAGAGGAUUAUGCAGGAACAUUUUUACAGAGGAUACCUU